AUGGACAAACAAGACUAUAUUGACAUAUCCAACAAAUCCAAUCACUAUCCAAGUCCAGAUACUUCACUGGAAGUUGUGAGCAAAACUUGCCAUCUCCAAUCUCAAGCUACUCACCAGCUACCUGAAUCCAAUGACAAAGAUGAAUCACUUGUCCUUGAAGCCUCAAAGAUGCCCAGGCCAAAGCCAUCUACAUCCAAGAAAGGAAAAGCCGUACCAAAAACAGGUGACAAUGGAGCAGGCAAGGCCAAAAAAGAGCAUGGAACAAAGCUCCAAGGGCUCUGCUGGAUCAUAUAUGCUGCUUGCCUAGUUCUAAACUCCCUGGCUGAGUUUGAAGAAAUGGUCACAAUUUGUUUGCAAACUCAAUGUGCAAUGUACAAUGCUUGUGUCAAGGCUGCACAAGAGGAAUCCAAAGUCAAGGCCUUGGAAUUGGAAAUGCAGCAAGUCAUCUUGAAGCAGUGGGAGCUAUUGGGAAAAUCAGGUGCUGGGCUCAUCAAAGCUGAGGUGCAAUUGCAGCUAUGCAACAAGGACCAAGAGAUCAUCCAUCUCCAAACCAAGUUGGCCAAGGCACAAGGUGCCCUAGCUGACAAGGAUUGCCUACUUGAAGAAGAAAAGUGCAAUGCUAAACAUGCCAAGGCUGAUUUGUUGGAAGCCCAGGCCACUCUUCUUUGCCAAAAGCACUAUGAGGCUACUGAUUAG